AUGAACGCCUCCCCGACCGAUCUCGAUGCGCAAAAGCUGCAGUACAAGAUUGCAGUGUAUAGUCAACUAUGCUUCUUCUUCUACGGCAUGGUACUGUGGGACGUGGUCAGCUGCUUGCCUCGCGAAACGAAGCACAUUUUUUGGCCCGAGCUCCGGACCGCUUUUCAGCGACGUCAGAGGCUAUCCUUGGCAACUUCGCUUCUGCUAGCGAGCCGAAUCGUUGCGCCAAUCCUGGUAGCCAUCUCGCUGGACUUUUUGGGGCAACCGAUUAGCUGUUCGCGUUCGUACUAUGCCUUCUGCGUAGGACUUGCGAUCCAAACAGGCAUUUGCGCCUCCAUCUUUGCACUACGCACUAGCGCCCUUCGCGGAGCCGGAAGACUGUUGACCGCCUUCUUAUGGCUCAACGUUGCCGGCAUCACCGGCUUCUGGGUGGCGUGGGCAGCCACAUGGCGCGUCAGCCAGCUGCCAAUCACGGACGCCAAUCGCUACUCUCCCAUUUGCUACGAUGUCCGAGGACCUCAUGGCUGGACAAAAGCGAUGUUUAUCUGGAGUCUUUCCUUUGAUGUCAUUGUCUUCCUCUUGACGAUCGACAAGGCUUUCGGCGGAGCCUACAAAUCGGCAAAGUCGGGCGGCAGAUGGAUGCUCUCCUUUCGGCAGAUGUCCGAAGUGACGCGACAAUUCUACACCGACGCGCUCUGGUACUUUUUCAUCACAGUCACCGUCGAGAUCGUUCUGCUCGUCUGGUAUAUCACGCACCUCAACGACAACAUCGUUGCCGGCCUCGUCAUGGUUCAACUCUGGCUGACGUCCGUCAUUGGCCCGAGGGUCAUCUCGAAUCUCAAGUUGGUGGACAAGAUCCAGGGAUCUUCGCAUAAUGCCGGACCAGGACACGCACUUCCGAUGAGCUCUUAUCCAGGCUCAAACGCCGCUCCGAUCAAGACCACUACCAACUCUACCGCGCCGGACUCGCAGCCGCGGUUUGUCGGUGUCCAUUCCAUUGGCACGCCUCAAGUCACUGGAAAGGGAGGCGACACUGCCGGCUCCAGUUACUCCUUCGAUGCUAGCCCUGUGGACGCAAAGCAGUGGUCACGUCAAAAUCAAAACGGCAGCCCCAACCACCAGCCCAGCUCGGUCUCGCCGCCGCGCGAAUCAAGUUUCCGUGAGGUGGCCAUGCCGCCCAUUGCGCACGCCCAUGGCUGGUCCCGUCAGCGAUCCGACGAUAUUAGCUACACGGUCGAGACGAUCUACAAGGUUUCGUGA